AGCAGAGCGAGGUGGUGGCGGCAGGGGCUACGGAGCGCGGGGGCGCGGCGGCUCGGCCCUGGGCAGCCCCGGGCAGCGCCGGCCGUGACACUCAGGAAAUGCUUGUCUCCUGCUGUUGAUGCAUCAUCUCCCAGUACUAUGGAUCAUGCUGAAGAAAAUGAAAUCCUCGCAGCAAGCCAGAGGUACUAUGUGGAAAGGCCUAUCUUUAGUCACCCAGUCCUCCAGGAAAGACUGCACAAGAAGGACAAGAUUUCGGAUUCCAUCGGGGAUAAGCUGAAACAGGCGUUCACAUGUACUCCUAAGAAGAUACGAAAUAUCAUUUAUAUGUUCCUGCCCAUAACAAAAUGGUUACCAGCAUAUAAGUUCAAAGAGUAUGUGUUGGGUGACUUGGUCUCAGGCAUAAGCACGGGGGUCCUUCAGCUUCCUCAAGGGUUAGCCUUUGCAAUGCUGGCUGCUGUGCCUCCCGUGUUUGGCCUGUACUCUUCAUUUUAUCCUGUUAUCAUGUAUUGUUUUUUUGGAACCUCCAGACACGUAUCCAUAGGUCCAUUUGCUGUGAUUAGCCUGAUGAUUGGCGGCGUGGCAGUCCGAUUAGUACCAGAUGAUAUUGUCAUCCCAGGAGGAGUAAAUGCAACCAACGGCACGGAAGCAAGAGACGCCUUGAGGGUGAAAGUCGCCAUGUCUGUGACCUUACUUUCGGGAAUCAUCCAGUUUUGCCUAGGUGUCUGUAGGUUCGGAUUUGUGGCCAUCUAUCUCACCGAGCCCCUGGUCCGGGGCUUUACCACCGCGGCAGCUGUGCACGUCUUCACCUCCAUGUUGAAGUACCUGUUUGGAGUGAAAACAAAGCGGUACAGUGGGAUCUUUUCAGUGGUGUAUAGUACAGUUGCUGUGUUGCAGAAUGUUAAAAACCUCAACGUGUGUUCUCUAGGCGUCGGGCUGAUGGUUUUUGGUUUGCUGUUGGGUGGCAAGGAGUUUAAUGAGAGAUUUAAAGAGAAAUUGCCGGCACCCAUUCCUUUAGAGUUCUUUGCGGUGGUGAUGGGGACUGGCAUUUCAGCUGGGUUUAACCUAAAAGAAUCAUACAACGUGGAUGUCGUCGGGACACUUCCUCUGGGGCUACUGCCUCCUGCCAACCCGGACACCAGCCUCUUCCACCUCGUGUACGUGGAUGCCAUUGCCAUAGCCAUUGUUGGCUUUUCGGUGACCAUCUCAAUGGCCAAGACCUUGGCAAAUAAACAUGGCUACCAGGUUGAUGGCAAUCAGGAGCUCAUUGCCCUGGGACUGUGCAAUUCCAUUGGCUCACUCUUCCAGACUUUCUCCAUUUCAUGCUCCUUGUCUCGAAGCCUUGUUCAGGAGGGAACUGGAGGGAAGACACAGCUUGCAGGUUGUUUGGCCUCACUAAUGAUUCUGCUGGUCAUAUUAGCCACCGGAUUCCUCUUUGAAUCAUUACCCCAGGCUGUGCUGUCGGCCAUUGUGAUCGUCAACCUGAAAGGAAUGUUUAUGCAAUUCGCAGAUCUCCCGUUUUUCUGGAGAACGAGCAAAAUAGAACUGACCAUCUGGCUUACCACUUUUGUUUCCUCCUUGUUCCUGGGAUUGGACUAUGGUUUGAUUACAGCUGUGAUCAUAGCUCUGCUGACUGUGAUUUACAGAACACAGAGUCCCAGCUACAAAGUCCUUGGACAGCUUCCUGACACUGAUGUGUAUAUCGAUAUUGAUGCAUAUGAAGAGGUGAAAGAAAUUCCUGGAAUAAAAAUAUUCCAAAUAAAUGCCCCAAUUUAUUAUGCAAAUAGCGACUUGUAUAGCAGUGCUUUGAAAAGAAAGACAGGAGUGAACCCAGCACUCAUAAUGGGAGCGAGAAGAAAGGCCAUGAAGAAGUAUGCUAAGGAAGUUGGAAAUGCAAAUGUGGCCAACGCAACCGUUGUCAAAGUGGACGCAGAAGUAGACGGAGAAGAUGCCACAAAGCCUGAAGAAGAGAAUGAUGAAGUAAAAUAUCCCCCGAUAGUCAUCAAGAACACAUUCCCUGAGGAACUGCAACGAUUUAUGCCCCCCGGGGAGAACAUUCACACCGUCAUUCUGGAUUUCACGCAGGUCAACUUUAUUGACUCUGUUGGCGUGAAAACCCUGGCUGGGAUUGUUAAAGAAUAUGGAGAUGUCGGUAUUUAUGUGUAUUUAGCAGGAUGCAGCGCCCAAGUUAUAAACGACCUCACUCAGAAUCGAUUUUUUGAGAACCCGGCCUUGAAGGAGCUUCUGUUCCACAGCAUUCACGAUGCGGUGCUCGGCAGCCAGCUUCGGGAAGCCCUUGCUGAGCAGGAGGCCUCGGCUCUCCCUCCCCAGGAGGACUCGGAGCCCAACGCCACGGCCGAAGCAUAGAUGAAGAACUCGGCUGGGAUGGGGUAGGCGCCUCUCGUGAAAUGACUCAUCAUUACACAGUUUAAGUACUAGACACUAGUUUUUUCUUCCUAAGGGUAAAUAUCAGUAGUCAAGGCUUGAUUUGGAGGGUGAAUGACGCAUAGAAAGAUGUAUCUUACUUGUGGGUUUUUUUUUUUAAUUGAAUAUUUCAAAGAAAAACUGUCCUCUUGUCUGCAUUUCUCGUGCAGUGACUUUUUUUACUUAAAUUCGAUUAGCCAACAUAGAGUACAUCCCUAGUUUUUGAUGUAGUGUUCAGUGAUUCAUUAGUUGCGUCUAACACCUCGCGCCCAUCACAACACGUGUCCUCAAUACCCAUCACCCAGUUUCCCCAUCCUCCUACCCACCUCACCUUCUGCAGCCUUCAGGUUGUUUCCCAGAGUCAAGAGGUUCCCAUGGUUUGUCUCCCUCUCUGACUUCUUCCCAUUCAGUUUUCCCUCACUCCCCCUGUGGUCCUCUGCACUAUUCCUUAUGUUCCACAUAUGAGUGAAACCAUAUGAUAAUUGUCUUUCUCUGCUUGACUUAUUUCACUCAGCAUAAUCCCCUCCAGUUCCAGCCACUCCGAUGUAAAUGGUGGGUAUUCAUCCUUUCUGAUGGCUGAGUGAUGGUCCAUUGUAUGAAUGAACCACAUCUUCUUUAUCCAUUCAUCUACUGAAGGACAUCUUGGCUCCUUCUACAGUUCGGCUAUUGUGGACAUUGCUGCUAUGAACACUGGGGUGCAGGUGCUCCUUCCUUUCACUACAUCUGUAUCUUUGGGGUAAAUACCUAGUAGUGCAAUUGCUGGGUCAUGGGGUAGCUCUAUUUUUAACUUUUUGAAGAACCUCCAGACCAUUUUCCAGAGUGGCUGUAUUAGCUUGCAUUCCCACCAAGAGUGUAAAAGUGUUCCCCUUUCUCUUCAACCUCUCCAACGUUUGUUGUUUCCUCUUGUUAAUGUUAGCCAUUCUGACUGGUGUGAAGUGGUACCUCAUUGUGGUUUUGAUUCGUAUUUUCCCGAUGACAAGUGAUGUGGAGUAUUUUUUUCAUGUAUCUGUUGGCCAUUUGUAUGUCUUCUUUGGGAAAGUGUCUGUUCAUGUCUUUUGUCCAUUUCUUGACUGGAUUAUUUGUUCUUUGGGUGUUGAAUUUGAUAAGUUCUUUACAGGUCUUGGAUACCAGCCCUUCAUCUGUAAUGUCAUUUGCAAAUAUCUUCUCCCAUUCCAUGGGUUGCCUUUUAGUUUUCUGUGCAGCUUUUUAUCUUGAUGAAGUCCCAAUAGUUCAUUUUGUGUGCAGUGACAUUUCUGUUACUCUUCAGUAUUACCUUUAUAAACUGAGAACUUAAGAAGUUACUUCUUUUAACUACUUUACCUACAAAUCAGAUAUGCUGUCCCCAGGUGGGUAGUGGCUCCUUACUCUUAUACUUCAUUUAUAGGACUUUUGUAAUCAGAUUUAUCUAACAGAAGGAGCAAGCACACCAUUUUCUAGAAGUCCUUUUAAAACAACCUUUGAUUAUUAAACAGCCAAAAAAUUAGAAAAAAAUAGAAGAAACAAUUAUAUUGCUACCACUCAGAGAUUAUCACUAACACUUUAAUGCACUUCCUUCCACAUCUUUUUCUGUGUGUAUAUAUUUUCCUCUUUUAACCAAAGGAAGAUCAUAUUCAACAGUGCUCUAUAAUCCAUUGUUUUCAAUCAAAAUUCCUUGCUUUCUCAUUCCAGAAUACUUUCACCUCAGACCAUAUAUUCAAAUAUCCAGUCGUCCUCAAAUUUGUAGUUAACCAACUGUAAUUGGUCUGUCCAAACUAGUACCCAUUUCGUGACCAACACUACAACUGGUCAUGUCCCUUCAAGUCCCUUAGGUCCAUCUUAAUCCAGCAUAGUCCCUUUUAUGACAUUGGGUUGUUUAAAGAGACUGGAGCAGUUGUCCUGUAGAAUCCCAUCUUGAUUUUUCAAUAUGUGAUUUCUCCUGUCCCUUUAUUUCCUGAACUACCUGUAAUCUAAAAGUUAUAUCUAAAAGUUUCAUGGAUUGAAAUAAAACAUUUUUUGCUGGAAUUUUUUUGCUGUUAUCAGACAUAUGCUUUCAAUCUCUUCACAUUAGAAAACACAAACUACCUAGUUGACCCACCAUUAACAACGCUAAGGUAGAUCACCGGAUUAACAGGACAGUCUAAUCCCCCAUUUACACUUUACCGUCCAUGACUAGUAAGUUGCCUAUAUGAUGCUCCUUUGGCAUUGAAUGAAUGCCCAGUUCCCCAUUAGCCCUUUAUGGAUUUUAACAUCUAAUAAUAAUCCUUGCCUGAAUCAAUAAUUUUAUUAAGGUUUAAUUUUUUUUUUCCAUUUCUCCCAUUUCUUCAGCAUUUAUUAGUUCCUGUUUCUUUAUAAACUACAACUAUUCUCUCUUCCACUUGAGCUAUUUGGUCAUCCUUAAAUGCAUCUUUUACUGGGAGGCAGGUUAAACAUUUUAUUUUUUCCAUUUAAUUAUUAACUUCAAAGUAAGGAGUUGGUUUAACAAAUGAUGACAAAUUAGGUCCUUUUAUAUCUCUUUUUUUUGUGUGUAAUUAUAGGCUCAUGGAUUUUUUUUUUUUAAGAUUGUAUUUAUUUAUUUAUUUGACAGAGAAACAGAG